CGGUAGUAUCGGCGUCUGAGAGACUGUAUCCCACGAUGUAAGAUCGGAGGGUCAGAUGGGCGUCAAGCUCAGCUAGUGCACCUUCGAUGCUCUUCAGGUUAAGAGCCGUGAGGUUCUGAGCUCUAGCCUGCCACUCGUGAAUUUGGGCGUCCAUGGUGAGCGCGAAUCGAUGGUGUGAUGAGCUCCGGUCAGGAGCCGCAGGGUUUUAUGCUGGAUUGGUGGCUAGAAUACUGUAUGACUCCUUGAACAGGUGAUUCAGGAACCUUAGAACGACAAUUUUCUGCCCCACUACAAAGGAUCGUCUCAGCCCCUCACUACAAACAACACUUACUAGGUACUUCGUAGAGUCACAAUACACGCGACGAUAUCAAUUGCACUCUGACGCUAUUGUUUUGCUCGGUGGAGCCGCUCAGAGCCACUCUUAAAGAAAGGUGAAUCCCCAUCAUGGCCGACGCAGGACCUGCAGAGCCGUCGAAAAACGCGUUGAAGAAGGCGGCCAAGGAGAAAGAGAAGGCCGAGAAGAAGGCCGCCGCAAAAGCUCGAGAGCUGGCUGAGCGACAGAAGAAAGAGGCCGACGAUGCCAACGACGUCUCCGUUGACUCAUAUGGCGAGCUCCCUCUAUGCGGAUCCGUCGAAUUCAAGCCUACAAACAUCCCUCGGGAAUCGCUAGCCAACAUCGCCCAGCAUGAAGACAAGACCAUUGUCUUCCGCAGCUGGGUUGUGAAUGCCCGUGUUCAGUCCGCGAAACUAGCUUUCUUGAACCUGAGGCAGGGGCUCCAUACCGUUCAGGCUGUCGUGGCCGCGAGCGAGACGCUAAGCAAGCAGAUGGUCAAGUUCAGCGGCAAUAUCUCUACCGAAUCAACGAUUGUGGUGCAUGGCUUGGUCAAGAAGACGAAGGAGCCGAUCAACAGCGCGUCGAUCAAGGACUACGAAAUCCACAUCCAGAAGCUAUUCAUCGAAGCCAAAGCUGAGGUGCCGCUACCUCUGCAGGUCGAGGAUGCCGAACGCCCAAUCCCAAGCGAAGGACUAGGAGACGAGGACGACAAGGCUACGGAAGGAGGCGAGAAACCUAUUGUGGGGCUAAAUACAAGGCUGAACAACAGGACGUUGGACUUGCGAGCAAAGACCAAUCAGGCGAUCUUUGUCAUCAAGAGCGGUGUUUGUGCUUUGUUCCAGGAAUUUCUUAGCCAGAAGGGUUUCAUUCUCAUCCAGACUCCCAAAAUCCUAGGCGCUGCGUCAGAGGGCGGCGCAAAUGUCUUCGAGGUCAAGUACUUCGACCGCCCUGCCUUUUUGGCCCAGAGCCCCCAGUUCUACAAGCAGAUGCUCAUUGCUUCCCGGUUCCAGCGCGUUAUGGAGAUCGGGCCUGUUUUCCGUGCUGAGAACAGCAACACUGCGCGUCAUCUGACUGAGUUCACCGGGUUGGAUAUGGAGAUGGAGUUCCAAGAGAACUACCACGAAGUCAUGGGCAUGCUCGAAGAUUUGAUGCUGUUCAUCUUCAAGGAGCUUAACUCCAGGUACAAAAAGGAGACCGACCUCGUCCGAAGUGUUUAUCACGUCGAGGAGUUCAAGCUUCCCGAGUCGGGCAAAGUACCCCGAAUUCCAUUCACAGAGGGCAUCAAGAUGCUCCGAGAAGCUGGAGAAAAGCUAGGCGACUAUGACGACCUAAGCACACCCCAGGAGAAGCACCUCGGCCGACUUGUCCUCGAGAAGUACGGCACCGACUUCUACGUGCUUGACCAAUUCCCCCUAGCAAUCCGACCCUUCUACACCAUGCCUUCUCCCGCGGACCCUCUCCUCUCAAACUCCUACGACAUGUUCAUGCGCGGCCAGGAGAUCCUUUCCGGCGCCCAGCGUAUCCAUGACUCGAAACUCCUUGACAAGCGCAUGCGCGAGCACGACCCACCGGUUGACCCUGAAGGCGCGGGCACUAAAGACUAUGUGCAAUCGUUCAAGUAUGGCUGCCCGCCGCAUGGUGGCGGAGGCUUUGGAUUGGAGCGUAUUGUGCAAUUCUGGCUGGGUCUACCGAACAUUCGGAUGACUAGCUUGUUCCCGCGUGACCCUAUAAGGCUCAUGCCUUAGAUGGAGGGGACGAUAGGUAGUCAUUGGACUCUGAUUUUUUCCCUUAUCGAGGAUAAAACUUGCUUCUGCCAGCUCUGUCUAAUGGAACGACGCCAAAGAUGGGGAUGAUCGAUAACCAGCUCGAAUUUCUAUAGUAUAGAGGCGCAUCAGAAGUAGUCAAUAGAGCAUUGAAACCCAAGCCGCCAAUACAGAAGCCUUAAAAAGCUCACAUUCAAACCCUUGCGCCUGAACUCCCUGUUGAGCAUGCUGGCCACCUCCACCUAUGCAUCUACCUCCAUCUC